AUUACUCCACACUGAAGACGGCCGCAAAAGGCCACCCUCUUUGUUAGCCGGCUUUCCUCAAACUCUCAUCACUUUCUCUAACUCUACCUUUCUUCCCCUUCUCAUUGGAAGACUUGCCUCCUCCCUCCAUAUAUAUAUACACACACACACACCAUCUCUCUAUCUCUUCUUAAAUUAGUGAGUUUACAAAGCCACAAAGGUAUUACUAGUUGUGAGUCUAUGGGGAGAUCUUCUAAGCCAAAAAAAACUAUUAGUGUUAACAAAAACGAUGAUUGUACCAAAAACAAUAUCGUUAAGAGUACGACGACGAGGACGAGAAAGCGCAUCACGAGGGAGUCUCCGCAGCAACGUAGCUCCCUCCACAAGGGUGUCACAAGGCACCGUUGGACGGGACGGUAUGAAGCUCAUUUGUGGGACAAAAAUUGCUGGAAUGAAUCCCAAAACAAGAAAGGAAGACAAGUAUAUCUUGGGGCCUACGAUGACGAAGAAGCAGCUGCACAUGCUUAUGACUUGGCUGCAUUGAAGUAUUGGGGACAAGAUACAGUGCUUAAUUUUCGAGUCUCAACCUAUGAAAAAGAACUCAAAGAAAUGGAAGGUCAAUCCAAGGAAGAGUACAUUGGUUCACUAAGAAGGAAAAGCAGUGGGUUUUCUCGUGGCGUAUCAAAAUAUCGAGGCGUCGCAAGACAUCAUCACAAUGGAAGAUGGGAAGCUCGAAUUGGAAGGGUCUUAGGCAAUAAAUAUCUCUACCUUGGGACUUUCGCUACACAAGAGGAAGCAGCGAGAGCGUAUGACAUGGCGGCAAUCGAGUACCGUGGACUUAACGCCGUUACCAAUUUUGACCUCAGCCGUUACAUUAAGUGCCACCGGCCCCCAGAUGACCCUAACGAUAACGUUAAAUCUAACUCCAUGCAAAACCCUAAUCAAGAACUAGAAGAGGGCAAAUUGAGCGACCACCACCACCGCCACCGGAGCACGAGCCCUGUCGAAACCACCACAAUGCCACCGCAUUGUGGUGGCACCGGCACGCCCUCUUCGGCCUUAGGGCUUCUUCUACAAUCUUCAAAGUUCAAAGAAAUGGUGAAACAAACGACAUCAUUUAAUGAACCAUGUAGCCCUAGUGGACCGGAUCCGGACCCUCCGAAGAGCAGCUUCCCCGACCAUAUUCAAACGUCGUUCGAGAUCCAAGAUUCGAGCACCUUUGCAAAGGAACAUGGCAUUGUCUUUGGAGAGUAUGAUUCGUUCGCGUCACCCAUGUUUGAAUGUGAGCUUGAAGCUUAAGGGCGGGAGAUAUAACCUUAGAGAUGGAGAAGACAUUUUUUUCAUUUUGUUUUACUUUAAUUUGUGAAUAUAAAAGGCCAAGAACAAUUCAUGGCAAGAUACUAAAUAGAUUCAAUGAUUAUCUGAAAAUUUUGUAGCUCUAAUCAAUUGGAUUUCGGUUGUGAUCUCAAUUUCAGAGAUCGAUAAUCGGGUCGAUUGGAGAAUGACUAUAUUAAUCAAGAUCACGAAAGUUGAUUCUUUUUACUA